UGUUUUAAUGUCAAGCUGAUGGGAAACCCAAAAUCUCUAAAGAGAUGGUUGAUGCUGUGGAUUACAAGAAGAAAUCUAUACGCUUCAAAGCCAUUGUUGGGAAUCUUUUGGAGUACUACAGGAGUUUCAAGUACAUCCUUGAUCAAGUUACUCCUAAAGGGGAUAAGGGUAGCUUGGCUAGCUAAACUCUGGAGUAUGAGAAGCUGAAUGAGAAUGUUCCAGACCCCAUUUUGUUGCGUGAUGAAUCUGUUAAUCUCAUCUCAGGCUUAAAAAACCAAAAAACCUCAUAUGUGCCAUACCGUUGCCAGCAAAGGUAGCUAAACUUUACUGUUGAAUAUGUCAUGGUAUUACAAUAAUAGCAAGCAAGUUAGCUGGCCUAUGUAAAUAAAAACCUAAGAGUUUA